AUGCGCUUGCUUUCGCCUUCCUGGCGUGUUGCCCCGCGAGCGGCCCUCCCCGCGGUGGGGAGGGCUGUGCCGCUGCCACGCCACACGCCCCCGCACGGGUGUGUGAGCGUGCCUUGCUGGACCCUCGGUGGUGCCCCUGGAGUGCUCCAGGUCGUCCCUCAGGUGCCCGAGGCCGAGCGGUGGUGCCGUUUUCCCUUAACCCUGUGUCCUCCUCGGGUCCCCACCACGGUGGUGUGCGUGUGUCCCAUGAGUGGCUCUCUCUGGGUGGGAGCGGGUCGAGGCGGUGAGAGAAGCGUUGUGUGCUCCCCUCGUCGCGGAGGCUGA